AUGAGUGAGAACUUUCCCCCUCGCCCGUUGUAUCCUGAAUAUGCAUCGGACGUCCCGGAGAAUGAGUCGGCUCCCCUCGAGCAAGUCAGACCGAUCCCUGGCUACCCGCAGCCUAUUAUGCCCUUCGGUCUGGCACCCUAUAACGAGCUGGUCACUCGUCACCAAGAUCCCCCAGAAGCCAGCCCAAUCCCCAGCGAGCGGUCCCUGAAUCCAAAAGUUCCCAUCCCUCGAACUACACGUCCCAUCAACUAUACCAGCAGUGGCCGCGUCGGUCGUGCGUGCGAGAACUGUCGCGAGCAAAAAGCCAAAUGUAGUGGCCAUCGUCCAUCCUGCCACCGGUGUCAGGAUGCUGGGAUACCCUGUUCUUACGGCGAUCGGAAGCGAGAGAAGAUGCUCAAGCAGUUGGAUGAGUUUACCGCGCAGAUCAAUACCUACGAGACCUUGUUACUAGAUUUGUACCCGAGACUUGAGCCUUCGCUGGCCCAACAUGUUGAUCAGAUCCUCGGCCGCCAAUUAGUCAGGACCCCUUCUAUAUCAUUCUCUGAUGGGGAAGCUUCGAGCUAUCCUUUAGGUAUUACAGAUCACACCACAGAAGACUUCAACCGCGAUGAAAAGGUCCGGGCAAUGGGAUUUGUGGGUGAGCACUCGGAAUUGGCAUGGCUGUACAAACUGAAGCGCGACCUCGACUGUGAAAGCGCAACACCCGUCGGCGAGACCCCCGAUCGAGUAUCCGUUUCUAUCUCAUCCCUGAACUACUUCCUGGACGACGCCGAAAUUUCCAGCCUCGAUCACGUUGAACUAUCGAAACGCCCUCCCCAACAUAUUGCCGACAAUCUCGUGGACCUCUAUUUCCAGACCCGAUGGAUUGCUGUGCUGAACCUUGUGUUUGCAAUUGCUGCGAGGUAUACUUUACUCAUUGGCGAUGGUCUGGAAGGGGACGGCGACGACCAUCUGUCUUAUUUUGCGAGGGCCUGGCGCCUGAGCAUAGACAAUGUCGCGUUGUUGGACCAUCCGAAUUUGCAACAAGUGCAAGUAGAAGGUCUCACUGCUUUCUAUCUUCUUUCUACCGGUCAAGUCAACCGAUCAUGGCGGGUUAUCGGAUUUGCGAUUCAAUCUGCGGUGGCCAUGGGUCUGAACCUCCGUAGCGAGACCGGUAGUGUUGCACAAGUAUCAAAAGAGACUCGAUACCGCGUGUGGUGGGCACUUUUCAUGCUGGAUACGGUGCUUUGUGUGAGGACCGGUCGCCCACCCAGUACCGACGUGGCCUUUUGCACAACCCCUUUGCCAAUCCCCUACAUUGAGGAGGACUUCGGAGUCCACGGAAUUGUUCAAAUCAUUGACAACCUCUCUAUCCGGAAUAACUUGAUGACUUCCCUGUUGACCUCCGGUGGCGGUGCCGGCACCCCCACUGGAGCCAGCGAAGGCUCGAUCGAUCCUGCCUUUUUCUUGAAGACCGACUCAAGGAAAGGAAAGGAAGCCGAAAAACCAAUGAUGGACCUGAAUGAUACCAUCACGCCGAACAUAUCGCUAUCCUUUCUGUACGGAGUGGACCUGGAUAUUCUCAUGACAGAAGCUAUUCAGACUUUGUACGCCCCUGGCGCAACAAAACGAUCCUGGAUGGAGAUGGAGAUUGCCAUAUCUCACCUCAAUACGAAUGCUGACAAGUGGCUCUCCCGCCUCCCAGCAGAGUUUCAUUUCGCAAACCUAGACACCACCGCUACUGAUCCCUUCGUCCGUCAACGUGCCGACCUUGGCUUCCGCUUCUAUAACACCAAACUCGUCAUCUCCCAGCCUUGCCUUCGACACCUCGCCUACCAAGCCCCCAGCACGAGUCCCGGCGGCGCUCUUUGCGGCACCAUGGCAGCUAUGUGUGUGCACAUGGCAGGCAAAAUGCUGGAUAUGCUUCCAGACACGCCGGAGGCCAACUGGCUAUUCGGUGUCUCACCCUGGUGGUGUGUCCUACACUACAUCAUGCAAUCUACAACCGUCCUCCUGAUCGAGCUUUUCGCACGCACAACACCUGGUUCCCCUGAGGCCGCCAGUUUGGUCGAGAAAAUCCAGAAAUCUAUGCAAUGGCUCCGCGAGAUGUCCACCAAGGAUCCAUCAUCUCAACGAGCCUGGCUUGUCUGUAUGGACAUCCUCUCUCGACACGGCGAGAAGUUCUCUAUUGAACUUGACCGCACGCCCUAG